GAAUCUGGAGAUUCUUUAACUUUCCACGGAUUUAGAAUCAUUCCAUCAAAUCAAUUAUGCAUUAUAAACUGAAUGAUAUCAUAAUUUAAAAAGAUAUCAAUUCAACUAAUUAUUUAAGAAAAUUUUAAAAUCGAAUUUGGACAGAUUUCUCUUCAGAGUUUUCCCGUUUUCCAGGUCCAGCGGCCACACUGAAUAUAUCAUGUACAAUUAAUUUAGUUAUUUUUAAUUUAUUCACCUCUGACUGGAGUAUUUUUUGAUCUUGAAAAAGUGUUACAGCUCUGGGCAGCCCCUCACAAGGCUGUCUGAUUUACGACAAAUUAGAGUCUAGCUGGUCUAAUCUCGGGCUGGCCAGCGCCAGAAGAGUUUUGGACUAGAUUCUGGAAUGAUAUCUACACUGAUUGGUGGUAACUAUCUCAAAUGAUAAUGCAGAUUCCUUUAAAUUACUCGUAUCAUGAAUGUAUCACUUGGGUUGAGAUUGCGUGUAUUUCUGGAAAAGAUUCUUUUUUCGAUUUCUCUAAUAGCUUAAUGGAAAAGCACCCGAACAGCAAAUGGAAGUUCUGUGGUCCAAUUCCAAGUGGAACGAAAGUCAACUUAAUCAAUAGCUAUUUACGAGAGGAAACAACUCCUAAAAAUGAAAUCAACCGAAGGCAAGCAAUGGAGCAACUAAUUUAUUGUAUGUUGGAGACUGCGGCACUACAGGUUGGCUUAAAUCCUGAUUUAAGAUUUUAGUAUCAGAUGCAGCAUCGAUUUCAAGAGAAAAUUUCUAUUCUGCAUUUGCCGGCAAUUCACGAGUCAAUUAUUUUUUGAUGUUGUUACUUAUUAUUUCCUCUGGAUAAACUCUGCAGGAAGAAGACUAAUUAUCACUCAACUUCAGAUAGAAAGUACAUCCGCAUCAUAUUUCACAUUUUAUAUAAGUAACCUACGAAGAUGAACAAGUGGAUUACCUACCAUUAUAAGUAAAUUGCCUAGAAUUACACAGGAUUACUUGUAUUACUCCAUAUUACAAGUAGAUUACAUUGGAUUACAAGUGGACAACCUACGAUUAAAUGUGAAUUAAAUAAAAUUACAGCUAGUUUGUCUAGGAUUACAAUUGGAUUACCCCAAGUUACAUCCGGAUUUCCUAGAGUUAAACUAUAUUACUUUUAUUACUUAACAUUACAAAUGUAUUACCUAGAUUUACGAUUGGAUUAUCUGAUCUUACAAUCAAAUUACCUAGGAUUAAAAGUGCAUUAUCUAGGAAUACAUGCAAAUGAUCUGCAUUGCAAGUUUAUUAUCUAGGAUUGUACUGUCGAAAUUGUAUUACUCAAGAUUACAAGUAGAUCCCAUUAUUAGAAUAACUGGUUAACGCUCUACUUAUGGUUAGUGGCUUCCCCGGUUUAAA